AUGGCACGUAGGCAUAGAUGUACGGCGGCGGCAGCAGCAACAGCAGCAGAAAAGGAGGUGCAUUACCGCGGAGUAAGGAAGAGGCCAUGGGGGAGAUACGCGGCAGAGAUAAGAGAUCCACAUAGGAAAUGCCAAGUAUGGUUAGGCAUAUUUGACACAGCAGUGGAGGUAGCGAUGGCGUAUGAUGCAGCUGCCAUAGAGUUUCGAGGUGUUAAGGCGAAGACAAACUUCCCAAUUCUUAUUGAUACUCAAAAUCAUCUGAAUGCUCGUGGUGGUGGUGGUGGUCUUGAUGGUGGUGAAAUAUUUCAUACUAACAGAUUCGGAUCCAUAAUCAUGGGUUCCGAUGCAGGAGAUCUCAGCGAGUCAGAUUCUUCAUCAGUGGUUGAUUUUAUAAGUAACGAUACUAAGGACAUUCAGAACAACCUCAAUUUUCCAUCAGUGCCCAAGAACAAAGGAGGAAGUGGUACUGGCAGUGGUGAUAGUGAGGACAGAAGGAGAACGAAAAAAUUCCAAACUCGAAAACGUAAUUUGUCUGAAUUAUACGU